AUGAGCAAUGGAAAAGAGCAAGUAAUAGCACUGCUGCAAGAGCUUGGAACAACUGCAAUUCCAAAGUUUGUCGACAGCGGAGAAGCACUCGCAUACAUGGCGUACAAGGAUGGAGUUCUUGAAAAAGCAAUCACUCUUCUGAACUCAGAGCAUAGUGAGCCCAAAUCAAGUAGCAUUGAGCCACUGCGUGUCAACAGUGAACAACUUGCUAACGCUGUUAUCGAGCGUGUAUUUGAUGAGCAUACACGAGUGCUUCGGUCGAAGCUUGCCGAAGCUGAAAAAGCGGCGGGCAUGUGGAAGAAGGUUGCUCUUUGCGGAGGCGCUGAGGAGGGAAAGUCGGUGUGCCACACCGCUCUUGCACAAUCGACCUUGUGCGUUCCAGCGCGAGUCUCAGUCGGCUCGCAAGUCUGCAGUACAGAUGAAGAUACAGCUGCAUUCGACAGCAACGCGAGCGUGCAACAGCGCAAGCUCGUCUGUGAGGCAGUAAAGGAAUGGCUGGCAGGCUGGACUGCGAAAAUGCUGAGUACUGUAGGCGAGAAACUAGAGCUGUGGUGCUCCUCGCAGCUUGGCCUCACUCCCGUGAGGAUAACCCAGGACGAGCAUGAAGUGAGACGUCCUAGCCUCGAUGACAGCCUGAUGGCGUUGGACAGCCAAAACUCAUCGAGACAUGCACCUCGCCAGGUGGAUAAUGCAAGGUUGAGCAGCGGAAAGAUUUCAAGCAGGGGAAAGAACAAAAUAAGUGCAAGAAAGACAUCGCCGUCUCUUGCUCUUUCACCUGGUGAAAAUCAUGUGCAGCCCUUGAUCCUUUCUCCUUUGAAUGCAGCCGCCUCCAGUGUGCCGACGCCGAGUCACCCUAAAGUGGGUACGCAUUCCCCUCAGUAUGCUCAGCCUGGAUCACAGCUGUACGUUAUGCGGACAAUGAGUUUGAAAGCGCGUGCGAAGCAACUCAACGGCAAGCAGCAGGCCGCCAUAUCAAACAUCCCAGUAAGUCGAAAGCCUCAUCUACCACAUAUAUGA